AUGGGACACGACAAUCAUCCUCUUCCCAAGCGCCCGGUUGCACGACACAGUGAUUUCCCCAAGCUCUGUGCCAACCCGCCUUCCUCCAAGAAGGUCAAGGCAUGGGCAGCCACAGUUCUGAAGUCAUCCCCAGGGACUUCCAGCCCAGACAGUUCCAAAGACUCUGUCCGCGAUGCCCAUGACUUUCCGGCGCUCGAUGUUCCUCCCAAGCCUGCCAUCCUUCAUGCGAACCUCGUUGCAGACGACGGAACCACCUUCCUCCUCCCUGCCCAAGCCCUUGCCAAGGCAAGCGAUGCCUUCAAGUCUGCUCUGACGAUUCCCACCCCGUCACCUCAUGACGAGCAGCUCGUCCCCGAAUUCCCUAUCACUGGCGUCUCGACCGCAGCCGUGGAGUUUCUAGCCGGGGUCUUAACGUGUCCUGACGCGUAUCACCAUCCACCCCAUCUCGCUCUCAAUGGGACCGAGGCCGACAACGACGCGCUCCUGACCGACCUCGUCGAACUCCAGGAUAAGUUCGACGUUAAUCCUCAGAUCUUCUUCCAGGCCGUCAUCCGCCGUCUCGAGCUCGACUAUGGCCAUGCCAAGAGCCAAACCAUCUUUGUUUUCGCCACCCUCGGAAAGUUCAUCACGGUUGUCGCCCGUUACUCUACCUUCCUCCUCUCCCCCGUCCACCAGUACCAGUACAUCUAUCAACCCAAACGCUUCUGGUGGACUCGGACUCUUAUGACCAAGGCUCCUGACCGGUUCGAAGAGGUUGGGAUCAUGGUCGGUCGCUGGAACUCCGAGAUGACCGAGUUUGUCGGUUCAUGCUUGUACACCGAUUUCAAGUUCUCCGACACAUGCUCGACCCAUCACUGCCCGACAUACGCUUCCGAGUGCGGAUUGGAGGCGGCGUACUACAUCCAUGCCGCGAUUUGCAUCUGGGAGACGAUCGAGGCAUACCCCCAGUGCGUCUGCCUCGAGGUCCUGCUCGUCGCUCUGGAGAGCGAGUUUCGGGACUCCUUUUGCAAGACGUGUGGCACAGCCAUGAUUGAAGCCAUUCUUCGUCAGUACGACUGGAACAUUACGCCCUCGAGCUGGCGGCUCGGCAACCUCAACCGUGACAUGCCCGACAUGCUGUUCGACUACAUGAGUUGGACGCUCUCGGGCAAGAUGAAGGCGGUGACUACGCCGUAG